GACGAUGUUACCACCCGCACUUCCGGCUCAUGCACUCCUUGCAAAUCAGCCGGGGGCGCGCUGAGCUAACAGCUAAUCAGCUAACGGAGCAGGGAGAAAGGAAGCCCGGACGAUUCACAACACACAGUAAACCAGAGUAAUCUGCACUAGUGCAAAAAACAAAACAAACGGAUAUAACCUGACCACAAACGGCAAAGGAACUCUCAUCCCAGAUGAACAUGUUCAGUGUCCUAUAAUAAUAAUAAUCAGAACACUACUAUACAAUCCAAGGCGUCAGUGCUUUCUCUCUUCACUCUCAGCAAAAUGGAAACGGAAGCUGAGGUAAUCCCUAUUUGGCAAAAUAAACCACAUGGAUCAACUCGUAGUGUGGUGAGAAGAAUCGGCUCGACACUGCCUCUUAAACCCUGUCCCAGGGCUUGUUUCCAGGAACUCCCAGGGCUUCCGUCAAUGCGUUCUAUGGACGGUCCUUUGGUACCUACAUUGGCAGACAUUGCUUGGAUUGCAGAUGAUGAGGAGGAGACAUAUGCCAGAGUCAGGAGUGACACACGUCCCCUAAGGCACGAGUGGAGGCCAACGCCACUGCUGGUUAUGCACAGGAACUCGUCUGUGCCAAACUUCAGACGAGAAGGCAGGCGAGUCGAGGGUCUGAGGAAACCAGGUGUAACUGCUUUAAACCGCACCACAGCUUUACAAGAUGAGCUGAGUCGACUCCGAGCCCAAAUCGCCAAGAUUGUUGCUGCAGAAUCAGAUUCGAAUCCCAUAACCCCUGACCUGCUGUCCCCUGACGACACUAGUGUGGGCUUCUCCAUGGCUCAUUUUGAGACAGCUGCUUACCAGCCAGCCCCCACAGCCUCCUUUGUCAUCAGUGAUGUCACAGAGGAGGAAGAAGAAGAGGAAGAGGAGGAGGAGGAGGAAGAGGAGGUGUCAGAGCUAGUGCCUGAUCCUAUGCCACCAGUUUCCAUGACUGCAUCUGCAACUUUUGAUCUCGAUCACCCUACUAUGGACUUCCGAGAACCAGAGGAGGACACUGUGUCUCUUUCAAAAUCAACAAGCUUCGCUGAUGUCAUGGACAUCCUGAAAGAUAUGAACCGCAUGAAGAUGAGUAAAGACAGAUAUAACCGUGGGUGCACCUCGUUGAGGGAGGAAGAUUCUGCCUCUCUUAUAUCUGAAGCAUUGAGGAAGAAAUUCAUUCUGAAGGAUGAUGACAUCAGUGUGAGGAAAUAAUCCAUCAUCCAAACCCUCGCAGCAGACUCUCCAUGCCCAUGUCUGUGGACCGUUACCGUGAAAACCCCAUAAAGCCUCUGAAUAAACUCAAUGGACAUCUUCUGCAUUCCUCAGAGCUCCCACAAUGCUGCGCUGUUGUGACAUGCCUGGACGGAAAAGAAGCAGUUCUCGUCAGCCCACACACACACACACACACACACACACACACACACACACACACAAACACUCACACACACACACACACAUACACACACACACACAAACACACUCCAACUUGCACUGAGCGGCCAAGUUUGUAAUGUCUGUGUGUGUGUGUGUGUGUGUGUGUGUGUGUGUGUGUGCACAUAAGGGUCCAUAAGCAUAGCCUUGGUCAGUGAUCACUGAGCCUUUGUUGUUCCAUCAUAGAUUUUGUGAAAUUCAAGCACUACUUCCUGUUUCACCAUCAUCAUUUUGUUGAUUUCAAUAGGACCAUAAUAUCUUCAGAUCCUUCAACAAGCGUGCAAUUUCACACUAUAUUAUUCAAGCCAUGAAACCACAGAAGAGUCCUGGAGGAGCCCAGUUCCAGUUUAUCGUCUUGUAGAUGUGUAGUUUGGAGCUGUAGAAGUGUUUCUCUUGCCUUACACGUUCCCUCAUACAAACCCUGUAAUACUUGAAGCCGUUUUGAUGCGUGAUCUGAUGUUACAAUACUGACAUACGUUUGCCUCUAUUUAGAGACUAAACAAAAAGACGUUCUUCUAUUUAAAGGGUUUUUGUGCGUGUGCAUGUGCACUGAAGACUUUGGAUUACGUUCACUUGUAAUUAGCGCUCUGUGAUUCCCUUCUACCCUACAGACUUUUGAAGUGUAUAUUGUGCUAGAAGACUGAUGUGGUUCAGCAAAUAGUGCAACGUAAGUUUGAAUUCAUAAUGCGUGUGGUUUAUCUUCAGGAAGUACAUGGGAAAUGAACUAUUUUUGGUUUUUGCUUGUGUCAGGCAGGUUGUAAAUGUUUCUGUAAAAUCUGAAUAGCAUGUGUGAUGUGGUGUUGGGUGUGACUGUAAGCCAGUUUUGAGGAUGCCUCAUGUUUUAUAUGACUAUGAAGGAUGCUUUUUUCCUUUUGCAAAGUGUAACAAGAAACUAUUUUAAUGCAUAUGCUGCUUUUGUGCCGCGAUCGCUCACUAAAGUGGGAAUCAAACCCAAAAUGUGUUUUUUUUUUUUUAUUUGUUUCACAUUCUUGUUUAGACAUGCCUGCAGCCUGUUUCCAUCUGUCUGACACAUUGCAUUAGAAGAGAUGUUUGGAGUUUUUAAUCCAAAACAUUUAUUCUCAAACUCCACAAUACUCCAGUGCAGUGAAAUGCUUUUAUAGUUACCUUCACAACAUCAUUAAAAGCUAUGACUACCUAAAAUUGUUUUUGCUAGUUUACAGUACAAAUGUCUUUAUAUCAGCGUUACAUUCAUAAAUGAGUUUGUUACCAUCAAUGCUAAUGGGUGAAUAGAGCUGUAAUAUCAACUGUAAUAUGUCAUGCACUAAACAUACUAACGUAUGUUCCUGUACCUGUCAGUAGCAGGUAAAAUGUGUGUGUGCUGCUCUUUCAUUCUGACUGCUGGGUUUCAUUUAUAGUUUUAACCAUAGUAAACACUGCAAGUUUGCUUUAAUUCAGGUCAGUCUUGCAGUGCCAUGGGGGUUGUUUUAGGAGACAGAAACUUGUGUACUUGUGUGUUUGCUUUUUUGUCAAAUAAAGGAAUUCUAUUGACUGUUGUUUAUGCGUAAGACAGGAAAUAAAUAG